AUGGAGUGGGCCAGAGACGACCUCAAAUGCCAAAAACUCAUCGUCACAAUCCGUCCGCAGAUUUUGGGGAGCGUUGAAGACAUCCACCAUGCGCGGCUCUUCAAAUUGCUUGACCGUGACUAUGUCCCCAUCCCUGAGGACUGGGAUGACGACGACGACGACAACGACGACGAUGAAAACGACAAUGAAGAUGAGAACGAUGAUGAUGGCGGCCAGCAAUGGCCCACUUGGGCAAAACUGAAGAAAAGGUUGGAGAAGAUUCAGUCCAACUGCCUGGGAGCACAGGACCGCCGUCUCGUUUUUGAAGGCAUGGAGCUUCUGUUCAACAAGCGAACUUGA